AGACCACUGCACUGCAACCGCGCAUCCAUCUCUCGACGAUCCUCUUGUUUGAUAGUGUCUGUCUAUCGUCUGUCUGCCUGUCUGGCUGCGUGCAUGCGCCUCCUCGUGAAUGUCUCCACCCUUGGUCCCCUCCCAAGCCUCAUCACGGCCAUCUGGACCAUCUUGCAGCAUCUCCACCAUGCUUUGGCCGCAUUCCUGUCUGUUUCCUAAUCUACUUCUACCCUUUCUACCCUUUGCUGCCCACUGCGCACUGUCCCUUGCGCCAUUUCUCUCUCUCUCUCUCCCCGUCUUGUUGAUGCAUUCAUCUAUUCAUCUAUUCAUCUAUUCAUUCAUUCAUCCAUCCAUCCAUCCAUCCUUUCAUUCCUCGCUCAAGGCUUACAGGCAGGCGGUCUCGGAUAGCAGGACAUCCCGCGCCUGUCGGGGCAUUUCCACUCGUCAUGCAUCUGUGCUGCAACUACUAAUUACUGUCCUGCCUAGCUCUAUCGCCAUCUGUCGUCACCAACUAGAUAAAAUACUUAAUACCCUUCCAUUGUCUGCCUACACCGCCCUCUCGUCGCUACUAGAAAGUCUACGAGAGCCUGCGAGUCUACAACUCCACCUCUUCUUCACCCGACUCGUAUAACAUACUACUCCAUGCAGCCAUCUCCAGCCAUCUCGCUGCCGUUGAUGCACCUCGUCUGCCAACACCAGCCUAUCAUGAAUGAGGACAUCAUCCAUCUUACACGUCUGCACCUCGACAACGUAGAUGUGGCGAUGCACUAACCGCUCAAGCCUAGUAGACAUGGCAGCAGGUAGGUCACUCAGCAUUUCCUUUGUUUGCAUUCAUACUCCCCGCACAACUCCUCACUGUCAUCUUAUUAUCGAGGUAAGCAGACGGCAGUCAAGUCUG